CUCUAGUUGAAAAAUCAUCAGAAUGCAACAUAAACACUCUUGCAUCAAUCAAGAGAAUUACAAAUAUUAAUUAAAAAAAAAAAAGAUGACUACUACUUAUCACAAAGUCCAUUGUAACUUCACCUUCAUUCCUUUGUAUUUUGUCUUGCUCUUUGUUCUAAUGUUCUCUUUUGGUGAAGGGCAGCUAGAUUAUCGAUUCUAUGAUCAAUCGUGUCCAAGGUUGCCAAUGAUUGUUAGGUUUAAUGUUUGGCAAGCUAUCAGAAAUGACACCAGGAUGGCUGCAUCCCUACUUCGGUUGUACUUCCACGAUUGCAUUGUGGAUGGAUGUGAUGCAUCAGUGCUUCUUGACGACACUGAAGAUUUCGAGGGAGAAAAGAAUUCAUUUCCAAACCGAAAAUCGCUUAGAGGUUAUGAUGUGAUCGAUAAUAUCAAGGUUGAUGUUGAAAGGUUUUGUCCAUCCACUGUUUCAUGCGCUGAUCUUCUUACUCUAGUUGUUAGAGAAGCUGUUCAAUCGGCUGGAGGACCUUUUUGGCCUGUCGUAUUAGGACGACGAGAUUCGACUACAGCAAGUCAGAAGGCAGCUAAUGAGCAAAUACCAGCUCCUACUGAGUCAUUUAAGGAAAUGACUGCCAAAUUCACUGUAAAGGGUCUUGACUUAAAGGAUGUAGUAGUCCUCUCAGGCGCACACACCAUAGGAUUUGCGCAGUGCUCCACAUUCAAGAAGAGAUUGUUUGACUUCAAAGACUCAGGCAGCUCUGACCCAUCCAUGGAUUCUUUAAUGCUAUCAAAUUUACAAAACAUGUGUCCAAACAAAGACACUUCAAACUCCAACCUGGCCCCACUUGAUUAUUCUAGUACCUUUAGGUUUGAUAAUUCCUACUAUGUCAAUGUGGUCAACAAGAGGGGACUUCUUCAAUCUGACCAAGCUUUAUUGGAUGAUCCUAUUGCCGCAGCACUUGUUAAUUCCUACAGCAACGACCCAUAUCUCUUCUCUAAUGAUUUUGCUGCUUCAAUGAUCAAGCUCAGUACUGUUGGGAUACUUACUGCACCAUAUGGGGAAAUAAGAAAGAAAUGUGGAUCAAUCAACAAUAUUUAGUAGAUCAUAUAUAUAACUUAUAAUUUUUAUAUAUAUAUAUAUUACUACGACUUAACUUUUCAUGGUACGUAUGUGUAAGUGUAAUACAAAAUAUAUGUAUUAGUCUCCUUUUCUUUUCUGUUUCAGCUCAUGGAAUUAUGUAAUAUUUAGCUGCUAUUAAUUAGUAUUGGUGGAUGUAUGCAUCCUUGUAAGAUUAUAUUAAAUACGUCCGUACCGUACGUAUAUACCAACUACGUUACAUUGAUA